UGUCAAAUAGGAUGUACGAACUUCAGCUGUCCUUAUUCAAGUCUCAUCUCUCUUCAUUGAUACGCAACUGAGGAGGAACCUAAAAUGUUACCUCAAGUAGUUGUGGGGGGAACAUUCGCUAGUGGGUUGCUUAUGCUUGCUUCGUUGUUAUACGGGGGUCAGUUCAUCGUCAACAAUAGCGGCAGUCCCACAGCCAAACUUGCAGUGAACAAGUACUCGACAUGUCUCUCUCUAGAACCAUCUUCUGGGGAGGAGGCCAGUACCAACUACACCAGCUGUGUGUUGGAACUUGACACACUUGUCAAAUCUCUUGUGAAAUCCGGAGAACUUAGUCUCAAUGACUGUGAAAUAGAUGUGGGAGUGGCUUACUGCACAGUCUGGGUCUGGUAUGUACCCCAAAAAAUUGUCAUCACUGACAAUGAAAUACUGGAUGUUAUAAGAGCAAAGCAAGGAUUGAAAGAUGAAUCAGGCAAACAGAAAAAGCCUCAAGGGAAAGUUGAAAAACUCAAGUCAGAUGUGACUUCUCUGAUAGACCUAAUUCAAACUCAGACUAAGCCACAAAUAGCAAAUACACUCACAGCAGCACAGAUGUACACACAAAAAAUGGAUAUUGGGAAUAUGAAAGAUAAGGCAAAAGAAUCCAUUACAAAUGUCCAUAACAAAGUUUCACAAUACGUGAAACCUGCUACUGAUAAAUUAAAAGAAGGUACAAGAAAUAUACUUGGUAACAUUAAAACUUCAGUAGGUCAAACAACUCAAAAAUUAGCAAAAUCAUAUCAAGCAACAAUUAACUCACCGGUUGGUCAAGAUCUUGGAAAAAUUGCGGAUAAAGCCAAAGAAUCAAUUAAAAAUGCACACAACAAACUUUCUCAAAACGUAAAACCUGCUACUGACAAAUUGAAAGAAGGUACAAAGAAUUUACUUAAUAACAUUAAAAAUUCAGUAGAUCAAACUACUCAAAAACUAGCAAAAUCAUAUCAAGCAACAAUUAACUCACCGGUUGGUCAAGAUCUUGGAAAAAUUGCGGAUAAAGCCAAAGAAUCGAUUAAAAAUGCACACAACAAACUUUCUCAAAACGUAAAACCUGCUACUGACAAAUUGAAAGAAGGUACAAAGAAUUUACUUGAUAACAUUAAAAAUUCAGUAGAUCAAACUACUCAAAAACUAGCAAAAUCAUAUCAAGCAACAAUUAACUCACCAGUUGGUCAAGAUCUUGGAAAAAUUGUGGAUAAAGCCAAAGAAUCAAUUAAAAAUGCACACAACAAACUUUCUCAAGACGUAAAACCUGCUACUGACAAAUUGAAAGAAGGUACAAAGAAUUUACUUAAUAACAUUAAAAAUUCAGUAGAUCAAACUACUCAAAAACUAGCAAAAUCAUAUCAAGCAACAAUUAACUCACCGGUUGGUCAAGAUCUUGUAAAAGUGAAAGAUAAAACCAAAGAAUCAAUUAAAACAGUCCACAACAAAGUUUAUCAAUAUAUGAAACCUGCUACUGACAAAUUAAAAGUAGGUACAAGAAAUAUACUUGGUAACAUUAAAAAUUCGGUAGAUCAAACUACUCAAAAAUUAGCAAAAUCCUAUCAAUCAACAUUUAACUCAACACCUGGUCAAGAUCUUGGAAAAAUGAAAGAUAAAGCCAAAGAAUCAAUUAAAAAUGUACACAACAAACUGUCUCAAAAUGUGAAACCUGCUACUGAAAAAUUAAAGGAAGGUACAAAGAAUUUACUUGGUAACAUUAAAAAUUCAGUAGACCAAACCACUCAACAAUUAUCAAAAGCCUAUCAAUCAACAUUCAACUCAACACCUGAUCAAGAUUUUGGAAUUAUAAAAGAUAAAGCAAAAGAAUCAAUUAAUAAAGUAAAUAACAAAGUUUCUCAAUAUAUGAAACCUGCUACUGACAAAUUAAAAGAAGGUACAAUAAAUAUACUCGUUAACAUUAAAGAUUCAGUAGAUCAAACUACUCAAACACUAGCAAAAUCCUAUCAAUCAACAUUUAACUCAACGCCUGGUCAAGAUCUUGGCAAAAUGACAAAUAAAGCCAAAGAAUCAAUUAAAAAUGUGCACAACAAACUUUCUCAAAAUGUGAAACCUGCUACUGACAAAUUAAAAGAAGGUACAAAGAAUUUACUUGAUAACAUUAAAAAUUCAGUAGACCAAACCACUCAAAAACUAUCAAAAGCCUAUCAAUCAACAUUCAACUCAACACCUGAUCAAGAUUUUGGAAGUAUAAAAGAUAAAGCAAAAGAAUCAAUUAAUAAUGUGCACAACAAAGUUUCUCAAUAUGUGAAACCUGCUACUGACAAAAUAAAAAUAAAUACAUUAAAUUUAUUUGGGAAAAUUAAAAACACUUUACAACAAACCACUCAGAAACUAUCAAAAUCCUACCAAUCUGCAAUUAAUCCAACAACUGAUAAAAUUGAAAUUCCUGGACUUAACUCAGUUCAAAAUCCAAUAACACAGAAAAUUUCACAAAAUGAAGACAUAGGAACUGAAAAACCCAAGCAAACUUCCUCAGAGGAAGUAAAUAAAAAACAGGAUGUCUCUAACCCGUUUACAACUACAACUGGAAUUUCUAAAUCAGGUUUUAUGGCAGUAAUUAACAAAGUCCAAGAACCAAUCAAACAAUCCAUUGGAUCUGUUUCAGAACCAGGGAAACCUAAUUUUCCAUCGGUUGUUAGUAAAGUUCAAGAACAACAAAAACAAGCUACAGAAAUUACUAAUAAAAAUUCUAAAUUAGGACUAUUGACCAUUGCUAACAAAAUCCAAGAGCCUGUCAAACAAAUUGUUGAUACCGCUACUGAAAAACCAAAAAUAGGUCUAGCAUCUGUUAUAAAUAAGAAUCAAGAGGAACAAAAACAAACUGGUUCUCAGAUUGUAGCCGCUACAAAUGAGAAAUCGAAUUCAGGUGUCUUUGCAAUAGUUAGCAAAGUUCAAGAUCCAUUAAAACAACUAGUUGGGUCUGCCACAGAGAAAUCAAAAUCAGGCUUGAUUGCAGCUGUCCAGGAACCAAUUAAACAAACAGUUGCACAAUCUGUGGGCUCUACCUCUGAAAAAUCCAAUUCUGGUUUGUCAAAACUUGUUGAUAAAGUUCAAAAACAACAAAAAAGUGAUUCAAAAAUGUCAGAUAUUACAAAUGAAAAGUCAAAAUCAGGGUUAUUAGCUGAAGUGAAUAAAGUACAAGAGCCAAUCAAACAAACAGUUCAAGAGGUUACUGGGUCAGGUGUUAAUAAGCCAAAUAUAGGCUUAUCAACAGGUAUCACCAUUCAAGAAAAGAAAAAGGAAUCAGAUAUAAUUGCUGAAAAAUCAAGAAAUGCUGCAUUGUCAGUUAUUACAAAAAUCCAGGAACCGAUAAAACAAUCAGCCUCACAAAGUUCAGAAACUGGCUCAAAAACCUCAAAGACUGGAUUUUUGUCAGCAUUAAACAAAGCACAACAACAAACAGCUACACAAUCUGCAACUGAUAAACUAAGAUCAGACUUAACAGGCUUGUUUAAUCAACUGAACGUUCCAGUUAAACAAUCAAGAGCAAGAGAUCAACUUAAUCAAUCUAUUAAACCAGUAUCUCAAAAAUUUAAAUCAGGUUCAUCUUAUCUUCAACAAACCCGUAAAAUUAAAAAAGAAGAAAAUGAAUCUGAACAAGUUCAAUCACAGAGAUUGAAGAAAAUUAAAUAUGCUCCUAAAAAUUCACCCCUAGUACGAACAGAAAUUAUUCCAGUACGUAAGGUUGUCUUUAAACGUCGUAGAAUAAUCCCAAGACCAUUCAGAGAUGACUCGUAUUAGUAUCCAAUAUUCACAGUAUGAAUAUGCUCUGAAAAAUGUUUUAUCACUGGCUUGUGUAAUGACUUGCAUUAUUAAAGUGAUGUUUUAAAA